AUGCAAGAGUUAUCAUAAAAUACAGAUUUUAGUUAUAAAUUAGUUUCCAAUUAUCACCAAGCAUAGUCUAGUUAAGCAAUUGCUAUAAAUAGAUAUAAUACAUUACUUCUUGUAAGUGCUUUAAAGAAAAUCAAAGUUUUUUACUUCAAAAACAAAUAAUUAAAAUAUAAUCAAAUAAUCAAUAAACAUUCAGAUGAGGUGACUACUCUAAACUUUUUUUAAAUAAAGCCAUGGUUCAUUUCAGGUUCUAGAGAUGGUUCAAUAAUUAUUUGGCCAACUAGUUUAAUGAAGUAUCCAAAAUAUAUAAUGAAAUUUAAAGGUCAUUCUAAUUGGAUUAAUUGCGUUGUUUUAUAACCAUUAAAUUAAGAUCUUAUUAUUAGUUUUUCAAAAGAUUCUACUAUUAAAUUUUGGUCUGUUUCAAAUACUUCAUGCAUGUAAACUAUAAGGCUGAUAAAUUAAGAUAUUUAUUCAUCAUCAAUAAAUAAUCAGGGAAAUAAAUUAAUUGCAUGUAGCAAUAAUAAUUAAAUACUAGUAUUAGAAGAAAUAAGUUGUUUUAAAUGGAUUAUUACAUAAAGAAUUGUAGUGUAAAAUUUUGGUUAUAGAUUAUCAUUUAUUACAAAUAAUAUAUUUGCAUUUCAAUCUCAUAAAUAAGCUAAUCUAUAAAUAUAUUAUCUAAAUGCUUUAAACUAGACAUUUUCAAAAAUGAUGGAUGUAUAAAUUUAAGGAGGAGAUCAACCUUGUAAUUUAUAUUUCCCAAUGAUUUAUGUGCCAUCUAAAAAUUGUUUAUUAGUAAAAAAUGGAUAUAAAUUGAAUUUAAUAAGUAUAGUACUCUCAAAAGAAGAAGAAUUAUUAGAAUGCAAAUUGUAAUAAGUGAUUGAUUUCAAAAAAGUCUUAUGGAGUUAAAUAUUUGGAACAAUAAGUCAAGAUGGGUAAUUCUUGAUAACUUGGGAUUAUAAAUCUUUUCUUAUACAAAUUAGAGAAUAUGUCCAUCAUCUAUGA